AUUCAUUGCAGCAUUUGAUUUCAUUUCUUUUUUCAAAAUUUUACCAUUUUUCAAUAAAUAAUCACACAUUAAAUAACCUCACUUAUCGCUAAAAAACACCUUCUCCAUUUCAUUCUCCCCUCGCCAAACCCUAAUUUUCUGCCUUACAUUAAAAUGAAGGGAGGAAAAUCUAAGGCCGAUUCCAGAAAGGCGGACAGCAGGCUUGCUGUGAAAAAGCAGACGAAGAAGGAGAAGCAAGCUGCUAAGGACCCCAACAAGCCGAAGAGGGCUGCAAGUGCUUUCUUUGUUUUCAUGGAGGACUUUAGGAAGCGGUACAAGGAAAAACACCCCAACAACAAAUCUGUUGCUGCUGUUGGUAAAGCUGGUGGUGAUGAGUGGAAGUCAAUGAGUAAAGAGGACAAGGCCCCCUUCGUUGCAGUUGCAGAGCAGCGAAAAGAGGAAUACGAACGACAAAUGAAGGCAUACAACAAAAAACUGGCUGGCGAGGAAGAUGAGGAGUCGGACAAGUCCAAAUCCGAGGUGAAUGACGAGGAGGACGAGGAGGGAAGCGGGGAGGUUAGCGUAAGUGAAGCUCGGUUUAUUCAUUCUUCUUUUGUGAAGAAUUUUGGGCAAACUUCUGUAACAAGAAGCCGGCUUUUGUUUCAAAAUUUUGUGCAGGAGGAAGAAGAAGAUGACGACUGAGUAAAGUUUGAAGAUGAAGAUGUUUGGUUGCAGUCGUAAUAUGUUAUCUACUGUAUAUGAAAUUCUCCUUCUCCACAACAUGAAUAGGGCCAAUCUUUUAGUUUUAGCCGCUGAUGCAGAGUUUUGAAUAUUUUUUUUAUUGCUGUGGAAGCCAUUUUCAAGCAUUAUUAUUGAGAUACUUUUUAGAGCCAUUUAUGAUCUGCCUUUAUUUUCUC